AUGCAGCCUUGGAAGACAAAGGUGAUAUGUGCCGGACGGUACCGCCCCAGGCAGUUCGAAUACCACCCGCUGCACGAGGACGUGGUCGUUUUCGGCACUUUGAGAGGCGAAGCCGUCGUUGCCGACGUAGCGAGCAACAACGUCUGCUCGUCCAUUUCGUCAGGGCUCUCGAAGGACAAGCAUGACUCCAUCCUUGGCCUGUGCUGGAUGAAACGUUCCCCCAGCCGUUUCGUGGUCGGCUCCAGCCAUGGGUGUCUGCGGCUGUGCGAUGCAGGCGCGAUGCCCUCCGUGGGGACACGAAAGGCCUCCGAAGCCGCGGAGAGGGCAGAGGAGCUCCUGCAAGAUCACCACGGCGACUUGAACAGCCGGUCCAACGCGGUGCAGGAGGCGAUGCCAUUCGGUGGUAGAGCCGUUAGUAGGGCCGCCGGCGGGGUGCUUUAUCCUUCCUUGGGUGGGGUGGAGAACGGUCCCGGGAACGGUCCAAUCGGUUUGGACCACCGGUUCUCGGAAGAGGGGAGAAUCGUUACCGAGUUCUCGCUGUUCGAGAAGCUGACGUCUGUACAUAUCAACUCGACCGAUGACCAAAUGCUGGCUUCUGGCUACACGUACGGCGUCAAGCUUUUCGACCUCAGCACGGGUCAGGUGGUUCGAGAUUUCAAGGAUGUACACGAGGAUCACAUCAACAUCAGCCGGUUCGCGAACCACUCGCCCUUCGUCUUCGCCACGUCUAGCUUCGACAAGACUGUGAAAGCAUGGGAUUCUCGGGUGCGCGCGGACAACGCCCCGAUCUACACGUGCCAUUCGGAGAUGGGGCACGUCAUGUUGAGCUUCAGCCCGGACGACGUGUUCCUGCUGACCUCGGCGGUGGACAACGAGGUGAAGCAGUACCUAGCCUUGGACGGACGGCUGCACAUGGACCUCGACGUGCCCAAGACGGGCUUGGACGAGAACUUCACCAGGUCCUACUACACGUCCAGCGGCAGGCUCAUCCUCUCGGGGUCCUCGGAAGAGCAGACGGUUCGCCUCUACUGCGCUCAGACGGGGCGGCUCAUCCACUCGGCUGAGAUGUACCCUGGUCGCAAGCACGGGUCGUUGUACGUGCAGUCCUUGAGGGGUGACCCCCACCACGACUUCCAGUUCAGCGUGCUGGUCAACUACCGAGAUACGGCGUACCCCCUGGAGAUCGUCAACGUGGACAUGCUGCAGGGGACCGACGGGGAGGACCUGAGCUCUCUCAUGGCCUACGCCUCCUCCUCUCGACUCUCCGCCGACCUUCGGCGAGCCUGCGUGGACAAGCAGGGGGCCGACCUCUUUCUUGUGGCGAGAGACCGAUCGCGCUUCCUCGCCCACAAGGCGGUUGUUGCUUGCCGCAGUGCUGUGCUCGGGGAUCUCCUGGCUAAGGCUGCUGCUGCUGCGUCGUCGGAGGAGGGAAAGGGGGACGCUGCUGCGGGCGUGUUUUCUUCGCUGGAGGCUAGUGCUACAAAGAAGGAUGCCGAAGGAGGAGAAAGAGAGGACCCCGAGGCGGGGGUAACGACGACGUGCGUCUGCCUCCCGCGGGCCGUGUCGCCGGACAUCGUGCCCGUCAUCCUGGCCUACCUCUACACCGACAGGCUCCAGACCCACCCGGAUAACCUCCGCGACGGGUGUGCGGAGGAGUACGUCGACCCCGGGGGGGCUUGCUCUAGCGGCGGAGGAGCCGCGGGGCCUGAGGUCGGAGGGAGCUGCAGCGGAGGAGGAGGGGGGGCGGAGACAGUGGGUGGUUGCCGGUCGUCGACGCCAAGGGGGGGAGGAGACCGUCAGGGAGUUGGGCUCGGCGGCGGGGGGGAGAGGGAUUCUUGCGGGGAAGGGGCUACGACGAGAAGCAAGGUGGCGUUCUAUGAGAAGGUGCUAGAGGCGGCGGGGGCCCUGGGGUUGCAUCGCCUGAGGAGCCUCGUGGAGUGGGAGUGUCGCCAGCUUGUUAACACCACCACGAUACUGUCGGUGGCAUCCGUUGCCCUGAGGCAAGGAACGGAGCAGCUCCUCAGCUUCUGCUUGUACUUCCUCGGCACUCACCUACACCCGGUUCUCGAGCUACACGGGGAAGGGUGCCUACCCCCCUCGAUACAGGCUAAGGUGGACGAGCAGCGGAGACUUCGCGUUUACGCGCUACACGGCGACCCCAACCCGAUAGCAGUACCGAUAGCACCGUCGUGGAUGACCGCAACCGCCGACACGAUGACAGUCCCGUCGCCGCCGCUGAACCCAAGCGGUCAGGCUGGUGCCGGCAGCAGCACCGGCGCCGUUCUGAGGAACGGCCCUGGGGCUGGGCAAGGGGGGGCGGCGGCGGGGGCUGCGAACGGACAGCAAGACACCUUCCAUGGCUUGGAUCCCAUGGAGGACGAUGACGACGACGAUGAUGAUGAUGAUCUCGGGAUGCUGAUGGAGGAGGAGGAGGAGGGCUUUGUGGAGGCAGCAGACAACAAUGGCGGUGGCGGUGGCAACAACGAGGGCGAGGCUGCUGAAGGGGCCGAGGUCGACGACGGUUUCAUCGACGAAGAGGUGACGGGUCACACCGCAACCGCCGUUCUGGGGUCCCGGAUGAUGGUGCUCGGCGGCGGGAACAUCCGCCAGUUUCACUCCUGUCGCCACGUGCUGGUCUACGACCCCAUCGAGAGGACCUGGUCAAAGCUCGCCACCCGGGGGAACGCUCCCUCGGCUCUCAUCUACCACAGCACCACCGCGCUGGAGCCGCCGUGGGGGACUCCGCGGAAUCUUCUGGUCUUCGGAGGAAACAGCAACCCCAGAAACACAAACACGGACGUGAGCGUCCUGGACUGCUUGACUAGGGAGGGGCAUCCCCCAAGGGGGGAGGGAGCCCCCAUAGCGGGACCCCCUCCCCACACGGCCGGGGGGGGGCCCCGGGGAUUACGCCCACCACUGGAUUCGCGUAAACGUGAACAUGAGCCAGCCGGACGAGCUCGCCGCCGAGGAAGAUCUGAUCGACGCGGACUAUUACCUCCCUGA